AUGGGUUGUGGAAAAUCAAAACACGAUGUUGUUACCGGAAUCACCAAGACGAUCAGAAAACCUUCGGAAGCUGAAUCAGUGAAAGGCAAAGAAGGCGAGACAAUGAAAAGACAAGAAAGCUGCCGGUGCCAGAAAAGUAACGACAUCUCCGCCGUAGAAAAUAAUACGAAGAAACCGGAGGAAAAGGAACCGAUCACUUUGCCGCCGGUGACACCGAUAGUGCCGGAAAAUGCUGUGACGGAGGAAAAGGAAACGACCAUUUCGCCGCCGGUGAGAGCGUUAACGCCGGAGAAUGUUGUGACGGAGGAGACGGUUAACAAUGUGGAUGAGAAUGUUUUGCCUGUUGAUGUACAAAAGGAAAAUACUGAUAUUCAAACGGUGGUAGAGGAAGAGAAAAAAGUAGAGGAACAAAACGAUGGUAUGAAUGAUGGUGAUGUUGACACUACUGAAGUUCCACUUCCUGAGGCUGAGGAACCAAAAUCAGAUGUAGAAACUCCCACAACAACGGAAUUAGAAGUUGAAGAAACCCUGACCGCAGAAAACGACGAAUCAACGACAGUGGAAAACGAUGAAAUUCCGGCUUUAAAAGAUGAAGAUAAAGUUGAUGCAAAAGAGGAAAUGCCGAUCGAUAUAACAAAGGAAGCUGACUCGGCAUAA